ACCAGUGUCGAGCGGAUUAGGCUGAUCGCCGUAUAGGGCGUUCAAACCGUAGAAUUACUGCCUCCACCUCAGCCUACAGGUCUUCAGUAGGCAAGGCGAUGCCAAAAUCCUUUCCGAAUCGCCUCCCUUUGUUAAUGGCUGCGAUCUGCCCUCCCUUUGAUCAUUUACGGUCGCAAGCUGUGCUGCACGACUCGACUUCGAAUCUGCCACUCAACAUACUCUCCAUAGACCAGGACGACGUUGAACUACUCUAUACACACAAGCCUGAUCAUCACUAGCGAACCUUGACCCACGAUGCAAAGCCCAAUGGAUGAGGACGAUCUGAGUCGCCCGAUAUCUGCACCCAGACCGGUAGCAUCGGGCGCUUCUACGGUCAAUCACAAUCCGUUGAGCGUUCGAGUGACCGAUACAUCGAUUGGAAAAUUCGACCCUAGAACCAAACCAGGAAUCAAGGUUGAUGAUGCAUACUCCGUACUCAAUCCGGAUCUACCGAGCCGAGACGCAUUGUACAUUUUCGUGAACUUUAUUUCGUAUACGCGCACGCCGAAACAAGGUUCACAAGGCGUACGGGACGAACAGCUGAAACAUGCUUCGAGGCUAUUGGACUAUGCCAGGGACCUCUCACAAAGACCGAGAAACCGUGUCAGCGCUCUUCAUAUCAAAUAUCGCUUUCCCGAGGAACCCGGCAGCAAACUACUCCAAGGAAACCCUCGUCCGUUCCCCGUGAUGCUGGAUCCCGUCAUCAAAAUUGACAUGAGUGAGUGCAACAUUAUGGAGAGAACACAGUAUUCGCUCCGCUUGACUAAGGGUUUCCUACGAGGAGAACCUACGGGGACCUUUGAGCCGGCAUUUGCUGCGGCCAUUUUCCAGCAUAUCGCUCAGAACAUCAACCCAGCCCCGAAGAACGUCGUGGUGGCCUAUGUAGGAGCAGAAGUGACAGCCACGCACAUCCGCGAUCUCUCGGUCUGGUGUUCCAAUCGGGUCCCGGCGGUAACGACCUUUUCCGUGACUGAAUGCCGAAUUCGAGAUCCGCGUCCGCUAGAAGAAGCGUUGGGCGAUGCGCUUGACAUCUCGAUGUACCUGAACGAAGGCGAAUCGCCCGUCUAUGAUACCUAUCCUGGUUCUGGCGAGAGCUUCUCCGCGCACCGACCUUUUGGCCACUCUACCUCUGGUGGUUCCUACCUCCGCGCCAAAGAAAAGGCGCUCAGGCAGUUCGGGGUCAUCACCAACAGCUACAGUAGUGGGAGAGGUAGCUGGGUGAGCGACAUUGGCGUAGGGUCUCCCAACAUCCGAGCGCUCCGCGGGCAUACUCUUGAAGCUAUCAUCGAUAGCAUGGGAUUAGGUGAUGGCAACGAGGCCGCCGCGAAUCGACAACAGGAGCGAGACCUACAGCUCGCCGAGAUGGUCAAGCCUAAAGACUUUGCUGCCAAGAGAAGCAGCAGUUCAGCGCCGAAGCGUUCGUGGAGACAGAACAGUGGAUCCGAGGGUACCAAGGCCGGUGGGCGGACCUGGAGGGACCUCGUCGUCGCGCAGAACGAUCGUUUCAAUCCGGAAUACAUAGAUCCAGAUGUCUGA